AUGAACCUGACCGAGUUUAGAGACUCUGAUCACUGUGAAUAUUUCUCCUGUCCAGAGAGAUCUAAAUCUCCUGCAGUUUAUAUCCUACUGUAUGUGUGUUCAGCUGCUGUGGUUCUUUUAACCGAGUGUGGCAAUCUGCUUGUCAUCAUCUCUAUUUUUCAUUUUAGACAGCUCCACACACCAACCAACAUGCUUGUGCUUUCUUUGGCGGUGUCAGACUUUCUUGUUGGUGCUUUUCUAAUGCCACCAACGUUAAGCUGGAUGAUCGAGUCAUGUUGGAUUUUAGGGAUGGAUUUCUGCAUGUGUUUUAUGAUGACUGGAUAUUUUCUGACAAGCCUAUCCAUAUAUCAUGUUGCUCUGAUAGCUGUGGAUCGGUAUUUGGCUCUCUCAAACCCAUUUCUUUACACUAACAGAGUCUCUGUGAAAACAAUGUGCAUUAUGGUUUUUUCUCAAUGGUUUGUCCUGCUGGUAUAUAAUUUAAUGCUCCCCUAUGUCAAUGGAAACAUCAAUUUUGUCCUCUGCCCUGGAGAGUGUUUUGUCAAAUUAAAUUAUGUUUUGUCUGUUGUUGAUCUUGUAAUAACAUUUAUAUUUCCAUGUGCUGUCAUAUUCAUAUUGUAUACUCGGAUUUUUAUGAUUGCUAAGAAACAUGCCACUGCUAUCAGAGAGCUUAAUAAUAAUACACGGUCUAAAACACAGAAAAUCACCUCACACUCAAUGAAAUCUGAGAGAAAGGCAGCUAAGGUUUUGGGAAUUGUAAUGUCUGUGUUCAUGAUAUGUUUACUUCCAUAUUUUAUUUAUAGUUUACUAGGAAAUGUUAUUGAGUUUCAGUUAGAAUCUUUACUAAAAGUAAUGAUUGUGCUUUACCUUAAUUCCACCAUUAAUCCAUUCAUUUAUGCCCUGUUUUACCCAUGGUUCAGAAAAUGUGUUAAAUUAAUUUUGACUUGCAAAAUAUUUAAAAAAGAUUCUGCAUUAAGAAAAGUUUUAUAA